GCAAGAAGUUGAAGUACACAGACAAGCAGCUUCUUCAAGCAAGCCUCUCUCUGCUUUUCUCUUCUCUUCCAUACACUCCUGAGAGGCUUGCUUUUUGCCCUAAUUCGUCAUGUCUAAGCUUGCCUGCCUUCUGCUUCUUGCUCUCCUUAGCAUUUCCAUGGUUGCAACCACAGUUAUGGCAAAGGAAAGCCAAUAUCAUCUGGACAGUGGGAACUAUGGACCUGGAAGCCUAAAGAGCUACCAAUGCCCGUCACAAUGCACAAGGAGAUGCAGUAGGACACAGUACCGCAAACCAUGCAUGUUUUUCUGUCAAAAAUGCUGUGCCAAAUGCCUCUGUGUUCCUCCUGGCUACUAUGGCAAUAAAUCUGUGUGCCCUUGCUACAACAAUUGGAAGACCAAGCGUGGAGGACCCAAAUGCCCUUGAAUCGAUUUCAUCCACUGCUCUUUUUUGUUCCCCUUUCUUGAUCAAAUAAUACCGUUUAGUGUCCCGAGUUUGUUUAAUAUUUAUUAAUUAUGUCUGAGGUCAUUGAUCUCGAUGACCCAAUUUUCUCUCCCAGCAAUGGGAGGCUUACCUCCAUUGGAUGAUUCAUUUUUGGUAGUGUCCAAAAAGCAGUGCAGCCUGAUCCAAUUUAUGCGGGUUUUUUUUUUAAAAUAUUAUAUCAAUAUAUUUUGCAUAGUCUU